AUGGGCAGCAUCGACGUCGCAGCUCAGGCACGCAUAUUAGGUCGUCAGAACCGUCUGACCACCACGGCCGGCAUCGCUCCGGGCUAUCUCCAAGCCAACCUGCUGGUGUUGCCCGCCAAAUAUGCCUCCGAUUUCCAGGACCUCUGUCUGCGCAACCCGGUGUCAUGUCCUUUGCUAGGGAUAUCUGCUAGUCCCGGUGACCCGCACACGGUCAAACCAGCGGGAUGUAUUCGGUCUGCAGAUUUCGACCUCAGGACGGAUUUUCCCAAGUACCGAGUGUACAAGCGAGGUAAAUACCUCGACAGUCGCCGUGAUCUCCUCGACGUAUGGACCCCGGACCAUGUUGGUUUCCUCAUCGGGUGCUCGUUCUCCUUCGAAGAUGCUUUGACGGCCGCCGGUCUCCUACCACGGCAUCAGCAAACGGGCUCGAUCGUAGCAAUGUAUCGAUCAAACAUUCCGCUUCUACCCGCGGGCAUCUUCACGGGAGCACAUUGCAUUGUCUCCAUGCGGCCAUAUAGGCCAGAUCAAAUCGACCGCGUGCGAGAGGUGACCCGACCGUAUCUCUCCACGCACGGCGAGCCAGUCGCGUGGGGAUGGGACGGUGUCAAACAGCUUGGAAUCGAAGAUAUUGGCCAACCGGAUUUUGGAGAGCCGCAGGUCUUCGAGGAGGGUGAGGUCCCCGUCUUUUGGGCAUGCGGUGUCACGCCUCAGAUGGCGGUUGAAUCAUCAGGUCAUCAUAUUGACGGGCUGGUAUUUGCUCACGAACCCGGUCAUAUGCUGGUGACGGACUGGACAUCUCAGGAUCUGCCGAAGUUGCGACCGAGCAAUGUCUAA